AGGAUCUGCUCCCCUGGUGCUGGGCACUCCUAGCCCGGCAGGGAGCGAGCCAAGCCGGCUGAGCCUGCUAGCCGCCGGCAGCCGAUCCCCCCACGGGGUCUGCCUGCCUCACAGCUCCCAGCGGCGCCGCCGCAUCCGGGCAGAUGCAUCAGCCGAGCCCCAGGCAAACGGGGGACAGAGACACACCUCCUCCAUACUAUUACCGGUCUGGUCCCCUAGGACUGGAAGAGUUACACUGAAUGGGAAAUAGUCCAUCUACUUCAAUGGGAUUGUCUAAUGCUGCUACCGUGAACAAAAUCCAGGAAACCAUUUCGGACAACUGUGUAGUGAUUUUCUCUAAAACAACAUGCGGCUACUGCAAAAUGGCAAAGAAACUGUUCCAGGAUAUGAAUGUAAAUUACACAGCAAUAGAACUAGACAUGUAUGAAAAUGGAAGCCAGUUUCAAGACAUUCUUCAUCAAAUGACUGGUGGCAGGACGGUUCCAAGAGUGUUUAUUAAUGGGGCUUUCAUCGGAGGUGCUACAGAUACUCAAAAGCUUCACCAGGAAGGCAAGCUGCUUCCAUUAGUUCAUCAAUGUCAAAUGAGAACAGCAAAAAAUUCUGAUCUGCCAUGUAGCCUACCUUAGCCUUAGUUAAAAAAGUGCCCCUAAUCUAGAUAUUAGGUACCUAAAAUCCAUCUUUAGGCCUCUAAAUAAAUGGCCUGACUUUCAGAGGUGCUGAGAACCCACAAGGUCUAAAAUUAGGCCACUUAUUUGGGGACCUAACUAUGAAUUUAGGUUCCAAUUGUUAAGCACCCAAACUUGAAAAUUUAGGCCUACGUGUGCAGCAUGGUCUACUAAACUAACUAGGGUUUGGAGCGAAUAAUUCAUCAAUUUGAAAUCAUUUAUCUAACACAGACAUUACGGCCUUGGGCAAUACUUAAACCCUCCCUGCCUCAGCUUCACCAUUCAUAAAAUGGAAGUAAAAACAAUUACCUACCUCACAGAGCCUUUGUGUGGAUUAGUUAAUAUUUUUGUUACCAUGCUUUGGAGACAUAAAGGACAACAUGUUUUAAAUAUAUUAAAAAGUGCUACAUGAGGGUCUGUGAAAUAGGUGACAAACACAACUAGUGAAAACUUGCACUGCUUAUCAUCUUCAAAACCUUGUAGUAUCCUAUUGAUUGUAAUGUGAAUUGGUUUGCUAUACUUUCUAGCUAAUUUUACUGUCAUUGUGUUGGAACAAAAGAUGACAGUGCAAUUUAGUGUUUCCUAUAAAAUCACGUCAGUGCUAAAGAUUGAUUCAUCUCUUUGUCAAAUUAUGUACACUGAAGACACUAAAAAGAACCACUUUUAUUCAUAUGAAGUCUGUAGUUACUGAGAUUUUAAUUACAUUUCUGCAAAUGUAAAAGUUCAGUUAAUAAAGGCAGUAUCAUGGUAAGCUACAGUAGUUCAGUUUUUCUUACAGUUCUGUAUAUAUUCUCAAGUAACAGUUGGAAACUUUUUUAAACACACUAAGUUCUAAUCACUUUGAGACACUUAAAAAACAGUCUGUUCUGUUUCAAUAAUGUAAUAAUGGUUAAGUAGUUUCAGGUACUACACCUGCUGCUGACUCCCCUGCCAAUUUUAGUAGUUUAGUUGUUUUUAGAUGUGGUGAAGGUCCAACAUACAUGGUAAUAGUGAAUCUGACUAUAUACAGGUAUAUAAGGUAAAUAAAGCUUUUUGUCUAAUCAUUCAGGCACUAUAAUGUUACAUGUAACUAUAGUAAGUAGAUUUCAUAUAGAAAUAUGAUUUAAGUUAAAUGUCCAUCUGUGUUCAAUUGUCUAUAUGCAAUACAUAUGUACUUUUAAAAAUAUACGUUACAUACUGAC